AAUUUUUAAUUUUAUUUGUUUGUUUACUUACACUUGAAAACCGUGAAUAUGAAAAUAGAAAGGUUACACUACAGUAUUAAUAUAUUAAGGUGUGAUUUCCUAAGUUAAUGUUGUAUUUUCUAUCAAUUUUACAUUACUUAUUCGUAAUUCUUAUUCAAAAAUUUUAUUAUUUUUGACAUGAAUUUCCGACAGGAAUAUGAAUGUUUUUAUCUCGGUUUGGGUGUCACUUCGACUGAGGAUUCGGCACUGUUUAAAACUCGUAAACCAUGAAAGCUACACAGUUGAAGUAAAUAUAUGUUAGUAGAACAAACUUUUCUCAUCAUUAUGUAUGGCUCACCAGGUUAACAUUGGCAGUGAUUACGUAAUGAGCGUUGGUGGGAAAGUCGGUGAGAGCUGUUACUCCGAAAGUAAUAGACCGAUUUGCUUGAACUUUUAAGUUGCUGUUGAGUGAGCAUUGAGUGGUGCUAGUUGAAUGGAAUAACAAUAAAGUUUCUAACUUUUGUUUAAAACCAUCAAAGGCAAAAUGCCUAAGCGAAAACGGGUUAUGUUGGAGAAAAGAAAGAAAACAAGCGAAAUCGCCCGAGCAGAAGCAAUUAAAAACGCAGAGAAGUGUCGUAGGUAUCGAAUGAGGCGAAAAUUAGCCAAGAGAAAUGAUCCAGCAGGACAAAACGAGCCCCCGAACAAGGCUCAGCCGUCUACCUCGCGAGAAGCGACGGGGGAUGCAGAAAAUUUUAUGUUAUUGGACGUGGUCAUGGACAGCCAACUUCCUAUUGAGUUUGUGAAUAUGAAUGAUUUUGAUCCUUUUUCAUCAUCUUUCACAAGAAGCAUAAAACAGGAAGUCAAUGACUCUAGCGUGAGGCAUGACAGUUUUGAUGUAGACGCCACAGCAACUUGGGAUUCCGAGUGCUCGUCGAGAGCGCUGGAAGUGAAGCAAGAGCUGCGAGGAGACGAGCUGGAUGCUGCAGCAGUGUGUUCAGCUGAACUUGCGGAGGCAGGAGACCCUGGAUAUGACUCGAACAACGCAGAGCCAGUCAACAACAUCAUGAAGGUCAUUACACUUCCUUCAGAGACGAAGCAGUAUACUUGUUCAGUUUGCGAUGCGAAAUUCGCCAAGAGGUAUCACUUGAACCAUCACGUGUUCCUCCACACAGGCGAGAAGCCCUUUGCGUGCCCGGUCUGCGAUGCCAAGUUCGCCCGAAGGGCACACAUGCAGCAGCACCUGUCUCGGCACCUGGGCGAGAAGCCCUAUUCGUGCUCCAUUUGCGACGCGAGGUUCGCCCAGAGCGGGCACGUCAAGAGGCACAUGCUGACCCACGCGACGGACAGGACGUACGAGUGCGCGGUCUGCGGGUCGAAGUUCACCACCAAAAGCUGCCUGAACACCCACGUGUCGACACACGCCGAAGACAAGCCCUAUGCGUGUGAAGUCUGCAACGCGAGGUUCGCCAGGCAAUGCUACGUCACUCAGCACAUGUCGACCCAUGGGACGGAGAAGUCAUUCAAGUGCUCCGUGUGCGACACCAAGUUCCCCAGCAAACGUCUCGUCGGUCAGCAUUUGCGCGUCCAUGGUGGUGAGAAACCUUUCGUCGGUCCCGUGUGCAACGCAAAAUUUGAGCAGAGCGGUAACUUGCACAGACACAUGUCUGUACAUGGAGAGGAUGGAUAUGCGUGCUCUCUCUGUGAGGCCAAGUUUCCAACAAAUAUCUGCAAGAACAAACACAUGUUAACUCAUAUUAACGAGACACACAGUUCUGGUGGUAGUGAAACUUCUGUUAUUGUUAAGAUGGCGUGACAUAACAAUUCUAAUUGUGUGCCAUGAUUGUGAUAAAAUGUCUAUGAUGAUAUGUCAAAAAAAAAAGAGGGAAUAAUAAUUAUUGGUUAGAAAAUUCCAAAGACAUGAUAUUAUAUAUGGAAGUUAAACUUUGUGUAGUAAAGAACUAUAGUGAAUGAAAGCUGUUCAGAUGUUUUCCUAUGAUACUUUAAAUGAUUGCAUGUUAACAAUUGGAAGAACUGAUAGUAAAAUAAUAGAUGUAAAAACACUGCAACAGCAACUACAGUUGUGAAAAUAUUCUACCAUGUUUUAUUGCAUAAUAUUUUAUACUAACAUCAAAUUGGAAAAGUAGGGGUGCAAUUUUUAUGUGAGAAAAGUAUUUUUGUUGAAGUAAAGUUAUUCAUAAAAACAAA